GCAAACUUAUUAACCUAUCAAACUUUUAAUUUGAUUCAGUAGUUCAGUACUAAAUAGUGUCGUUGCGAAAUUAUUCGAUACGGAAAUGGAAUAUUGAUAAACAUAACCUUAAUAUUGCUUCAAUUGCAUUUACUUCAGCUGAAUUGUAUACGUAAAUUAUAAAUAACGGUUCAUAUUAUCUAUUACAUAUGAAUUUUAUAUAAAAACGAAAUAAAUCAUGGACGAAGAUGUUUUGUAUCAUCAUAGAAAUAAUACUCUAAGUACUUUAUGCAGACUUUGUCUCGAGCAAGCUGGGGCAACCGAUAUUUUUCAGGAUUGUACUUUACCUGGCAAGAUUUCUGCUAUAAUAGGUAUAAAAAUUGAUAAUUUAACUCCAUUUCCAAAAAAGCUGUGUGAUAAUUGUUAUGAAAUAAUUCUAUUAACAACCAAGUUUCGAGAAUCAGUUAUUAUUAAUGACAAACAGCUGCAUGAUUUUGCUAAACUUUAUUUCUCUUCGGAAAUUUUGAAUAACACUAAUGACCCUGUACCAGAAGAGACAAGAGCCACAGGACUGUCUAUUUGUAAUACACAGCUCGAAGAAAGCCAUGUUUCACCAAUAAUCAGAGUUAGAAAUGAUUUGUUUCAAAAUAAAGUAAACAAUACAGGUUCUCAUCAAACAACUAAUGGCAUCUGUGCUUUGAUUUCUUUAGAAAAACAAAAUGAAAAAGCAUGUUCAGCACAUCAAAACUGUAAUUCCUUAAAUAAUAAUGAAUCCAUAUCAAGAGCAUCACUGGAGACUAUAAUAAUAGACGAUGAGGUUGUAAUUGGACAAAGGAAUGAUAGUCCAGAAAUAGACGGAGUAACAAAUAAUUUGUAUAUACAUGAAACAGCAAAUAUUUCAGACGCAAAUGAAUCAAUUGAUACGGUAAUAUUAGAAUAUGACGACUCACUCCAACAAAGCAAUGUCUGCCAAGUUCUACCGAUGGAAAGGGUUGGAAAUGAUUUGUGUAUAGAUACGGCUAAUGAUUCUCGUGCAAAUAUUGAAAAUAACCCGAAACUAAUGCAAGAUUUAAAUAAAGAUAUACAAAACCGAAGCUUGUCAAAUGAUGAUAGUUGGGAAAUAAUUAUUACAUGUGAAUCUCUUAAAGAGGAUAUUGAAAAUAUGUCAAAUACAAAUUGUAUAAACAAACCGAAUAAGCAUAAGAAUACUUCUUCCAAACAUAAUGUACAAAUUAAAAGGGAAAUUGCAUAUGACCAGGAUGAUAUUAAGUUUUCAAAGAGAAUAAAAUUCGAGGACGGUUUCGAAUUUAAUUGUGACCAGUGUUCAAAGUUUUUUAUGUCGAAGAAAAAACUGUACUGCCAUAAGAGAGUGCAUAAUAAAAAGUAUGUAUGCGAAAUAGCAGGCUGCAAAAAAGCCUUCGCAACGAAAGGAGAUCUUCAGAAACAUACAAGGACUCACACUGGGGAGAGACCGUACGAAUGUGAUUUAUGUCAAAGGAAAUUUAAACAGAAAGUAUUAUUGAAAUAUCAUAAAGGCUCCAUUCAUGGUAUUAAAAUAAAGAAGACUGACGAAGAAAUUUAUGGAAAAAUUUGAUAAAUGCUCUGGAGUUGUGAUGGGAAUAACCGAUGUUUUAAAUGCGUUAAAAUCGCUAAAUGAUGGAGUAGGAGUAUGGCUAUGAAGUACUUAAAAUAUUCAAAUUAAAAAAAAGUCUCUUUAGGCUGAAUGUAUUUUUUAAUAACUGUCUUUUUAUCUGGUUUUACUAUGGUUUAUUUGAUUUUAUUAAAACAAUUCUGUGAUUUUUGUUUUUAAUAAAAUAAAUAUGAAUUGUAGAUUCAGUUUUUAAAUUUUUUUGUGAAAUGAAAGUUUUACUUUUAUGUUUAGUUUGAGUUAGGCUGUUAAUAAAAAUCAUCUUUUAACUAAUUUUAUUAAAUCGGUUCCAUCUUGUAGUGCCUUAUAAAGGAUAAAUUUCUUAAGAUGUUACGUGUUUAUCACUUACGCCCAAACCCAACAACCUAUCUCAAUCCAUUUUUGACCAUCUGAGAUAAAGAUGAGAGAAAAACGUCUACAGCAGGAAGGCACAUUUUAUUUUAUUUUUUUAGUAAAGAGAAAUUAAACAACUUUUGCUUAUCAUUUA